AAUCCUGUCCAUGUUUUGCAUCAGCUCCCUGACGCGCGUCAAACUGGGUUGCCAGUUUCGUAACAAUGACGCCCUAACAGCCAGCCUUGUUUUUACCGCUCUGUGAAGGAGGGACGAGGAGCCAGACAUGGCGCUGACUCACGGAACAAAGGGAAACAAGGCUCGUACGCACAUAUAUCGGUGCUUGCCAUAAACAUCUAAAAUAUCAAAGAAAUCGCCCUUGGGUGGUCUUAUUUACUUCACAAGUAGAAUUCACACCGUGGCGUCAAACAUGGAGUGACGGAGCUAAAAGGUAAGGGAUAGCAAACAACUGAGGCCAUUUAGUAAGGUUUAGGCCGUCUGUGCUAAUGUUAGCAUGCAAGGCCAGCCCACGGGCGGUGUUAUGGCGAAUAGUGCUUCCUAUUGACAUAAGGCUACUAAGCAGUCUGCGCAAGUGCAGAGGCGCACUCUGGUGCUGUAGCUGUAACGCGUUUACGUUAAUCUUUAAGCAAUUUAGUCAACAGAAAAACCAAAACAUGCUCGCCAGGUCCUUACAGUGCACGUACCUCUGUUUUAAGCCGAAACCCAACCACAAAUAACGUGACUUGAAAGGGUUUCCUUCAUUUCAUGCUACGGUGACAUGUUUCGUUAAAGCAGCAGAACUGUACAGAACACCGACAGCACCCAUACACUUAAUUUAUGAACAUUGAACAAAUUCAUGUGUAGAUUUGCGAGUAUGGGAAAGAGAUUUUAAUUACUGACUUUAAGUAAUAUUAAACAAUGACCGGGCUAUUGAAAUAUUGCAUAGUAGCGAACAGUGUUCCUUAGUACAGGGAUGAGUAUUUUACAUUUUAUUUACACGGCAGUAAUUGUCCGAGCUGACAGUACAAUGCACAAAUGUGUCAAAACGUCAGAUUAUGAUGAGGCUGCAACAGUACGCCUGAAAUAAAUCAAUUUACAUAUUAAUACCUCUGUCAGUUGUUAUGUUAAAAAGUGCUUUUGCAAUAAGUGUGUGUGAGUGUAUGUGUGUGUAUUAGGGCCCGACCGAUAUGGAUUUUUUGGGACCGAUGCCGAUACCGGUUAUCGGGGGGGGGGGGGUCCGAUUACCGAUUAAUUGGCCGAUUUUUUUUUUUUUAAUUAUGACGUUUUAAAAUAUAUAUGUAUACUGCGCAGUACAGUAUACUUUGUACUAUAAAUAUACUGUAGGCUACUGCUCUUCACGUAGACAGGAAGACCCACUGAUCAAACUCGGACCAGAAAAGCGUUUUCAAGCAUUUUAACACAGCAGUAAUUAUGCUUUUAACCAAUAUUACACUGACAUUUGGGGAAUCGUGGAAUAUAUUGUUGUUGCUUUGUUGUUGUGUGCGUAUUUCUGAAAGCGAAUUUGUAUAAACAAAAAAAAAAAAAAGCUGGAAUAACUCAAUUACUUGUCAAGAACAACUGUUUUUUUUAUCAUAAAAAUAUGUCCCAACUACUCAGCUGGUCUGUUAUGUAAAAUGUGAGUGUUUCUUUAUGUUCCUCUUCAUCAGUUUGGUCAACGUCUAUAAGAGUGUCUGAGCCUAUUUCAGGGCCCUUUGGGGCCCAGGAAGAGUAUGCAUCGAGGUGGGGACAAGGACCUCCAGAUAUCUGCACGAAAGAUGGGCACAUCCUUGCUUUUCCAGCUGUCCGCUCAUGAAAGAGAGCUGGAUUUGGUAUUUUUGGAUCACAGUUAUGCCAAACCUUGGAACGCCCACCCAGAUGCCAGCAGCGCCCGAACCACAAGGACACUGUUUGUUACCCCUCGUCGUCAGCCUGAACCCUCUUCGUGAGUGAAUGUUGAUUUUAUACUUAUUUCAUUGUGUAAAGUUUGAACCAUAAAAUGUAUUUAUCUUGGUGUAACUUGAUCUUCUUUCUUCAUCUGUAGAGACUCUGAGUCCGCUAUAGAUGUGGAAACAGUUACUCCGACACCCAUUCCUCUGUACGACAACCAUAAAGCUCUGAGUGUGAUGAAGGAGUGUGAGCGGCAUGUCCUGUUUGCUCGCACAAUUGCUGAGAGCCCUCCUCCACCAGAUGACUGGGAGGAACAUAUAAACAAGUAAAUGCCCAAAAGCAUCUUCUUUACAGUCCACUUUUGUUCCGAUGCUGUGUUACUUUAUUUUCUUACUUUGCAAAAAUAUUUCAUCAAGAGUGUGUUGUUUUGACUUUAAAAUGAUUUUGUUUCAGGGCUGGAUGGUCAGUGGCUCAGAACAAACUGUUCAAUAAGGUGCUCAAAGCUCUGCAGGCUGAAAGACUCGCCCGCUUGGCCAAUGAAAAUGUAGGUGUUGCUUAUUCCUUCACACUCAUCAGUAAUUCUCGAUUAGGUUGUUAGUGAAUGAUAUGAAUAACUCUACCAGGACGUCACUGAUUUGAUUUUGCUUCUCUUAGGCCUCCAAUGAGCCAAUCUUGCGGAGAAUAGCAGUGGACAAGUGUGCGAGGAAGGUGCGGCAUGCAUUGGCUAGUGUGAACUGGGACACCAAACUGACACAGUGGUUACACACCACUAUGAUCGAAUCCUUGAGCCUCGCCAUGCUAGCUGCUUACCUGGAUGUGUUGCAGACUCUCAAAAGCAAGGUUGGAUAUGUACUCUGUGUUCCCUGGGUUAGACAUCUGCUCCACUAUCUACAUCAUCCAGGAUCCUUGACUCAUCUCUGUUUUUCCUUGUGUCUCCGAAGUUGCCUUUGCUGAUUGACAGAAUGUUGCUGACAACAGCUAAGACUGGCACUCCAAGUGCAGAGGCCCUGUCACUGCUACUGAAACGGCCCUGGGACCCCGCCGUUGGAGUCCUAUCUCAGAACAAACCGGUAAAAAUGAUCCUCUCUUUGAAAGUUUAAUUUUGUCCUCGUGACUUAGUUUUCACAACAGGUGAGCUCAGUAGUAGAGGAUUGUCCUUUCCUUGUAAAAGUGAUCCUUAUAGAUGUUGGACCAAAUGACAUUGGUAGUUUUAACAAAUAAUAAACAGCAGAAGAAGAAUACUCUGCUGUCAAUGCAGUUAAAGGAGGACAUAUAAGAGGACAUCUAUGUGUGUGUCUGUUAUCCUUAGGGCAUGCAAGAGGCUCUGUGAAAAAUCAUAUAUAAUUGCAAACUUUUUAAAAAUGUAUCAGUUAAUUUGACAGAGACAACACCUGUAGGCAUUGCUAUAUCUUAUUAUCUUAUCUAUAUCUUAUCUAGGCAGAUCUUUUGUACCAACAGCCAUCAGGCUUUAUAACUCUUGUGUAAACUCAAGUGAGACAACAGACAAUUGAAUGUCCCUUCUGGGAUUAAUAAAGUUCUUUUUAUUCUUAUUCUUAAAGAGCAACCAGCGCAGUGUAUAUAAUGGUGCUAGCUAUCGCUGAUUUGCAGUCCUGUCUACUGCAAGGCUUGUGGGAAAUGAGGCACACGAUACAACAAUAGACAUAAUAACUAACAGUGGAAGCGUACGUCAACAAUCAGCCACAACGAUCCAUUAGUAUUAAAAAUUGACAUCCCAUGUACAAGAUGUAAGUUAGUGUUCUUGGAUUUGCCUCAGUUUGGACCACAUCUUUUUAUGAAGGUUUGUUUGUUGUUUUUGUCUUGUUUGUUUUUAAAUUCGUCCUGUUGGGAUUAAAUUAAUUUUAAAAAAUGUUUCAGAGCAAGCUUCCUGGAUCUCCCCUCAUCCUGAUCGCACCCUCAAGCCCCACCAAUCCAGCCCUCUCCACUUCCCGGCGAAUGAGAUUCUGGCAGUCUCAGCUCGCUUGCUUGGGAAAGGUAUCACUCAGUUUGUUCUUUCUAAGAUGUGGGUUUUUAUAAAUGUCAGAAAAGUGCCUAUAACAGCUGUUUCUGUAUCAGGUCAUCCCAGUGCACAGUCAUGUGAACAGCGGAGCAAAUAUUGGCAUCACACAGUGUUUAGAGCACAUGUUGGGAACUGUCCGAGCAAAGGUCAUGGAGGUAUGGUUGUUUUCCUGAACACUUAUUUGGCUGCUUUUGCAGUGUGAUAGUGAUGUUUUUUGGUGUCUGUGUGAAAUUGUGCUUUGUAUAUACAGUAUCCUAUGAUAUGUUAAAGUAAGAAUUCAAUAUUUAAGAUGACCUGACAAUGUGGCCCUACUGAGGUCAAAAAGUAGUAGUAGUAGUGGUGGUGGUAGUGUCUUCUCUAAAUUUCUGAGCCCAGCCGUGUCAUAAAAUAUUUGUUGUUCAUACUAACAAACACAUUUUAGUGCAGUCAAAUUUGACCACAGCCAUAAGUGAUCUUAAGGACAAAAAUAAAGAGGCCACAGGAAAACUGAACCCAAAUGAAGUUGUUUUGUGUGAUUUAAUAGUGUCAUAAAUCCAAACCACUAGGUCCACAGUCACUUCCCCCACAAACCCAUCAUCCUGGUUGGCUGGAACACAGGCGCGCUCAUUGCUUGUCAUGUAAGUCAUAUAUCACUGACAGAAAGGCAAAUGCAUGUGUUUUUAUUGUGUUUCUACAGCUGCAGCAGUUUAUUAAAUUCAGUUUUUUUAUCUCAGGUAUCCCUUAUGGAGUAUCUUACAGCGGUGGUGUGUCUGGGCUUUCCUCUUUUGACAGUCAAUGGGCCAAGAGGGGUAAGAAUGAAAGCAUCAUCUACCAAUAAUGUGUUUUCUUAUCCAUGUUUACUAUUAUUUUUUCUUUCUGAGAGCACUAACUGGCUUCCUUCAGUCUUUGCAAAGGUAGAUUAAUGUGUCUUUGGUUUGCAGGAUGUGGAUGACCCUCUGCUGGACAUGAAGACCCCAGUCCUGUUUGUGGUUGGCCAGAACGCUCUUCAGUGCAGCACUGAAGGCAUGGAAGAGUUCAGGGAGAGGCUGAGGGCAGACAACAGCAUGGUGGUGGUAGGAGGAGCAGACGAUAACCUAAGGUCAGUCCCAGGCUCUAAACUUCAGCUGUAGGAUGCAAGUAUCCCUGUUAGUGUCUGGAGUGAAGAUUUGAUGUCCUUCAGUUGUGCUCACAUUUAUUGAUUUCCUGUCACAGAAUUAACUCAGCAAAAAUGAAGUCUGAGGGGCUGACACAGACCAUGGUAGACCGCUGCGUUCAGGUCGGUCUUUUGUAUCAAGAAUGUUUACUUUUGGUAAACACUGAGAUCAUGAACAGCAAUACUCACGUUUGUUUCUUCUCUGAUCAUUAAUCUGCAGGAUGAGAUCGCGGAUUUCCUGUCAGGCGUGCUCACACGGGCGGAGGGCCACAGCCACGGCUCAGGGGAGAUGAGGGACAUGGACACAGAGAAGAAGAAAAGGCCUCGAAGGGAGCUUCCCUUUGACAUGGAGCGAGGACGACCCUCUUCUCCUGCACUUAGGGUUCCUAUCUCACCAUCAGGUUCAGAGGUCAGACUUGUCUUUGUUUGAUCUAUGUCUUAUCUAAGCAUGCUUUUAUACAUUUGUUUGUUAUUACCAUCAUGUCCUUUGUUAUGCUUGUUUUUCAAAGAUGGUGAGCAGAUAAACCUGACUUACUCUCUUACCUUAGCUAACAGUGAAGUCCAGUUAUUUAAGGGUUGUAAGUAGCUUUCACUUUCGCACACUGAUAUGAUCCACCAGUACUUCUUCUCAUUUCUAACUUAAUUAUGAGAACAAUCGAGAUGAUAUUUCUAAUUUUAUAAAAAAAUUUUAGUGUACAUGAAAUAAUAGACCAUUGUUUUGGAAGAAUCCCAUCUCUUUGUGCCCUGUUGUCUCAGCAUGACCAGAAAUAAAAAAAAAAUGUGACAAAUUUACCGACAAUAGUGUAGCCACACAGAAGUCUUGGCUUUUCUCUUCAUGUACACGAUUGACUUUGUGAAGCUUCAUAGCAUUUUAAACAAAGUAUACAUUACCCCAAGGUUAACAUUUAAAGUCAAUGAAACUGUAAUAAUAGUUGGAAACAGACACUUUAUAUUACAGCUCAUUUAGUCAUGUUUGUCGUGUUUCUCUGUGAUUCCCAUACAGGGUUUGAACACAACAUGACAGCAUUUGUUAUUAUCACCAUUUUCUCUUCAUUUGAAAGAACUUGUUCCCUUUUGUGACGGAGAUGAUUCUUAAAAUCAGAGCAAUUACUUUCAUGCUGUCUUUUUGGCGCCUUCUGAAUCAGAUUGGAUGUAUGAAUUAUGUCACAAAGCCAUUUCAACCUUCAUAAAAAAAAAUAAAAGUACAGUUCACUGGUGUCCUGGUAACUGUAGACUUUGCUGCUACUUGUGCUCCUGCUUGCUAGCAUCACAGCACAGUUUUCAUACAGUCGUCCUGUCAGGAGAAAUCUGUCUCACAGCCUUGAAAGUGUGCAGACAGGUAGACUUAAUAUCACUUUUCUUAAGGGGGAGACUUUACAUCAUUUCUCCAAUCUCAAAUAUAAUUUUUUCUCCGAAAGCCAGCCAACGCAGAAAAACCUCACUAAACCAGAUCACAACUUUGAAAUCAGGCCUGUUUAAAUGUGGUCAGUGAAUCUUUGUAUCUGUAAUAUUUUAAAAAGACCAAUUUGGAGCCAAUGCCAUCCAUAUUCAAAUCAAGCAUUUAAACAAUGUGUUGACAUUGUCUUUGUAUUUAGUAACAAACUCCUAUGAUUCAUUAUCUGGUGUUGUGCCCUCUUUCCUCUGUCCUCAGGAUUUGUCUAGUGUCUGCAGCAGUCCCACUUCAAGUCCCAAACCCAAGACAUCUGGUCUGUCUCCAGCACAGAAGUCCAGUCUCAUCACAGCCACACAACUCCUCAAGACACACAUGCAGCGCUCGGGCACAGUCCUCUCUCACAAGCAGGCUCAGGGUAAGUUCCCACUCGCACUAAACUGGUCGAUUAAAAAUACUGAACCCACUUAUUCACACUCACCAACAUGUGCAGUGAUCCUUGUGGGCACUCAGCACUCACAUUCGCCCCACUUGUUUAUAUAAACCUUUUCUAAAGAGCGUUCACCUCAGCCUCUGUGCCAGCUGAGCAGGCAUGAUGGUACAUGAGAUGUUACAGUGAUGGGGCGAGAUGGAACGUGACUGAAAUACUCUUCCUCUCAUAUUCUGUCUUUUAUCUUCUACAACUUUCCUUUCCGACUCUGUUUUUCAAAUUCAUUCCAGCUCAGUUUGCUGCUUUUAUGAAACAAAACAUGCUGGUGAGGAAAAAUCUUCCUCCUGGCACCCCUCCUUGUAUUUUUGGUAAGUGUCUAUCCCUCUUCUAUCUCUUUCCACUGUUUCUCUUUUUUUCCCCUCUUUUCUUUUUUCCACUUUCCCUAAUCUUGUAUAGAUAUCGACACUCUGAUAUAUUGCACUGCUCUGUCAAUGUUAUGUCUCUUUACCUUAGAAUAGAAGUUUUCAUAUCCAGAGCCCUUUUCAAAACAAGCUUUUGAGCACAGUGGGUAAAACUCGCACAAACAUGAGGGAUUAAGACUUCUCUGUUGGUGAUACAAAAGCAUUAAACAGGCCAGUUUGAGUCACUUCAGCAGAUUAAUGAUUGACUUUGUUUUGUUUGUGUUGUGCAGUGCCAGUAACAAGUGACCAAAUGGACAACCUGGACAGAGAUGAACUGAGGUCCCAUGGCAAGAGGAGGCAGACCCCAAGUCCUGUACCCAGUAAAGCCUCAAAGCGAGCUAAGAUCAAGGUCACCAUUGUUUCCCAAAGCGAGCCAGCAGGGGGCGCCAUAAGCCCUGCUGCACAAGAAGGUGCGACUCUAGAAAAAAAGAAACUGAAUUGUUGAGCACUUUGGUGGAUUUAUGAAAAAAUCUGGGACUGAUUAAGAAUUUACAGAAACGUGUUUAUGCUGACACAGGGCUUGACACUAACUUUUUUCACAAGGAACACGUGCUCCAAAGUUGAAAAAGUUAGGAGCACACAAAGAAGUUUAGGGGCACAAUAAAAAUUGAUCAAAUAAUGUGUAUCUUAUUGGUUGACUAUUAUUUGAAAUCAAUUUUAGGUAUUGUGGUCACAUGACAUUGAAGCUAUUAAAGAAAAUUUUCAAAAUGUGCCUUUAAAUUUAACACAAAAUUUUUUAGAGGACAAAUUAGGGAAAUAAAAAUGUGUGUCUUAUUGUCUGACCUAAUUACUAUUAUUUAAAAUCAAUUUUAUGUCAAUUGGUCACAUGACAUAGAAGCUUUUAAAGCAAAACACCUUUUUUUUGGGAACUUCAACUUGUAAUUUAUUGAUGGUCCCUUAUUCAACACCCAACGUUGACAGCGAGGAUGCGGAGCAGAUUUAACCGCGCUGCUGUUGCUUUUCCCCGUUAUGGGGUGUGAAAAAACACCGGUAGAUCCGCAGUGCAUGUCCGUCGGAUAUCCAACCUAAAACUAACUUCACCGUGGUAUUUACAUUAAAAAACAUUUGUUGCCUCGACUGAUUUUUUUUUAUGCGCACAUGUGCCCCUAAAUUAAUUUUAGAAUUCGCACACAUGUAUUUUUAGUCGUGAAUGCAAGUGAAACAGUCGCACUGUCGAGUCCUGUUACAGUAAAGUUUUUCUAUAUGGAAAGUAAAAAUUAAUUUUGAAUCAAACACAUUAUUAUGUUAUUGCACGCCUGUAAUGCAUGAGUGUCUGUUUGCUUGGUGAUGGUUACAGCAUUUUUGUAAAUAUCAUGCUCAGAUUUUCUUCAUUAUCCAGGUUCAAUGAAUGAUAAUUAGAUAAUUCGAUAAUUUGACUCUCUUUUUCAUGCAGUGGGUGUCUCUGGGAAGCCCUUAACAGUGACUGUUGCCGGGGCCAAGGAGCUCUCUGGACUUCUAACAGGCCAGCGGUAAGCUAGCCUGUAUCUCUACACAUAGGCACAAUCAGUAUAGAGCAUUUGAAUCCCUAAUCCUGCCUAUACCCAUGCCCACUCCCCACCCCGUUGUACUGAGUGUGUCUGGUGCAGAGGGAUUGAUGAGUGGUGGGCUCAGAGGAGCUGAAUGAUGGCCAAACAGCACUUGCUGGGGUAGCUCCUGAGUAGAUUGGUGGUUAUGUGUGUCACUGCAGGUCUGGUAGUGUCUCAGAGGUGUCUGGUGCCCUGUCUCCAGGCUCCAGCUCAUUCAGCAGCAGCGUGCAGCCUUGCAUGGUGUCAGGGUCCUCCACACCAGCCCAGGUGCAAGCUCCAGCUACCGCCCAAGGUAUCUCUGUCCUGUCCUGCCUGGCACGCUGUAUGCAGUCUCAACUGUGCAGCUUAUCUCAGCGCAGUCGCUUCAGCACACAGUGCAGCUCCAACCGCUUUAUAGAGACAGUUUAAAGUUUGUACCGCUGGAUGAGAACAGUGUGUGAGGACAACAUAUCCAAGCAAACAUCAUCAUUGAUCACCUCUUGCGCCAUUGCUGUCUGUCCUGUCCUAAACCUUGCCCUUUGGACACGACUUUCAUAUGGUGUGUGUUUGUGUGUGUGUUCAUCUAGACUAGGCUCUGGGGACUGGUUAGGAGUAGAAGUUUAUUUGGCAUUGAUUUUCCCUGAUUUUUCACCUCCUUGAUUCACUGACAUUUUUCAUUUUUUGUGUGCUGCAGCUUCCGCCAGCAGUCUGCUUCAAGGUCUAAGUUUCAGUCUACAGGAGAUCGUUACCAAAGCUAGCCUGUCGUCCACUGCAGCAAACACAGGCAGCACCCAGGUACCUCUCACACACAGGGUUACAAAGCAUAAAACAUUCAAAAACAAUUGAAGAAUAACAUGUAUUUGUGAUGUAUGUGCAGACAAAAGUGCCUCUGGAAGUGGUGCUACAGAGUCUGAACAAUUUUAUAAACUGAAUCAAUAUCAGGUUUAAAUCAAAACUUCCGUGUGAGUCUUGACUGUGCUUGAACUGUCCUUCAUAAAAACCCGUAUUGACUGGCUGUACCUCUGUUAGACUGGAUAGAAACCUUACUGGAAGUGAACAGACACAUCUGCCAGAGUAAAUAAGAUUGAGCUCGCAGAAUUGCUUGGCUCUCAGUGGAGAUAAAACAUUUAAGAAAACACCCAUUUUGGCCUGAAGAUUGUUAAAGUAAACUGACACAUCAUAGGAACAAUGAAUAAACACAGCGUCUAGACUAAAUAAGUCACUUUUGACAGCCGCAGAAUUCAGUUUUCCCUCUUUGAUCAAAAGCAUGUUCAGUUUCAGUUUUACAAGGUCAACCAAGGUUAGGUUCAGGGAUCCACAACGAUUGAGUGAAGGUGGUAGUUUCUAGAUUUUGUAGUGUAGCCUCCUGACCUAUCUUAUCAUUUAUCUCCACAUUUUAACAACUUAGAAUUUACAGUGCAUGUGUUACGUAGCCAAGUCUAAAGAUAUGUAAUUGAGGUCAGAGUGUUUUUGUUUUGAUUGUGUUGAUUUACAGCGAGGAGUCAGUGCUUAUAAUUACUUUUACCCCUUGACUCAUUCAUAUGAAUAUUGAAGGGAUAUUUCGUCGUACAAUUAAUUUAGGGUCAAACACACUGUAACACCGAGUUAGACACCCCCUCGAGAGAUGAAUGUUGCCGACCGCUACCUUCUCUAGUUAUACCAACUUUAGUAACGACCACAUGAUAGCAAUACACAGCAGUCUGAGGAGCCAUAAACAAACCUCAACCAAAAAGCCACUCUAUAGCCACAAAUAAUGCUCAGAACAGCACCUAACUUCAUCAACAGUACAUAUAGGGUCCUAGCCACCAAACAUCUUUUUAGCGUUGCCUAAUUUCUUUAGCAAAGAGAAUAAACGCAACUCACCUACUCUCUUCCAGCAGAUGCUUGUUGGUAGUGAGACCUCGGGCCAGUCCAUUACGGACUGCAGCGGGGUGACACAGCUCAAGGAAGAACAUUUAUGAUCAUUUCUUUAUCAUUUCCUUGAAGUGAUAAUCACCAUAUUAAUCAUUUUUGCACUGCAGACACGGUAGUUCUUCUGCCUAAGCGUCUCAGUGUGAUUGUAUUUCCAUGAAGAAAUGAUCAUAAAUGUUCUUCCUUGAGCUGUGUCACCCCGCUGUAGUCCAUUACUGAAGUUAGUAUAACGAGAGAAGCAAGCAGUUGGCAAUGUUCAUCUCUCGAGGGGGUGUCUAAUUCGAUGUUGCGUGUGUUUGACCCUAAAUUAAUUUUAUGCCAGAAUAUCCCUUUAACAGAGCAUUCAGGCUUCACUGUGGUCUACCUAAUUAAACAUCUACACAUUUGCUAGUAAAUCUACAGGUUGUCUCAAAAACUUCUUGAUGAAACAAACUUGUUUUUCAGACCUGAACGCACACUUACCGAGUCUUUAUGCUGUGUUAAAUCUUCUCCUCCCUCAGGCUGUCUGUGGAAAACCUCAGGGUCAAGUUCUGGGCUCGGUCGGUUCCAGCAGCAGCACUCUGCUUCGGGCGGUGCCUGUGGUCACCACAGGAGGAGUGGCUAAAACCACCGCCAUCCACCAGCUGCUCACCAAUGGCGGACUGGCCAAACUUGCCAGCAGCUUGCCUGGCUUGGCACACAUCACCAAUCAGACCGCCGGUAUGUCUCAAACUGCCAAAACACGACGGCCACGUUGAAAGCCCAGGGUUCAUUCAUCUUUUGUUUUGAAAGCAGUAGUUUGGGAUGUUUGUAGGCCCUGGAGGGUUAGAGCAGCAGAGGACUGUUGAGGGCAGCUCAGUCGACUCAUGUAGAUAGCUUGUCAGAGAGAAGUGACUGAGUCAGAUGUGCAGCUAUACGGCAUUCAAGGGCUUCACAUGAUACGUUGUGAUUUCAUGUUCAUGGAGAGCCAAAGAGAAAUCGGCUUGAGUUUCAAGUUCAUGCUCACCGCUGUCUACAUGGACUGAAUGCAAAUGUUGAAUAUAAAUGUGUAUGAGACCAUUUCAUGCAGAGGAAGAUUGAAGGAAAACCCGAUAUUGUUGCAUUUGACCAAAUUCUACAAGAAACCCAGAAGUGUAAUCGAAGAUAAUGCUUGUAUGUCAGAUUUGUUUGUCUUUGGUCAUUUUAUAUACUUACCUUUCUCCCUUCAUUUUACAAAUUUGUCCAUUCAAUCACCUGCUCUUUAAAGUCCACUAAUUUAUGCUGACAUCUUUUGGAGAAACAAUGAGAAUUGGCACGUAGCAUUACUCAAGUUUUGUUCCUGUUGUAACAAUAAAACUGGAAUUAAACUCAUGUUUUCAUUGCUGUUGUUUUGUUGUUAUUUUAUGCAAAUCAGUUGUAUUUUUCACUCCUCUGUCUUGACUUUAGCUCCAAUCUUGAUUUAAUUCUUCAUCUUGUUCAUUGUCCGACACUGCACUGUGGUUUUAAUAUGCUCACCUCCCACACACACAAAGCAAAAAGUAACUCUGACGGCCCAAUUUGACAACUUUUGUGCAUGAGCCAAAUACCGAGAAUGCCACUGUAGUGUAUUUUCUGGAGUUCUGGUGUAAUUAUUAGUCCUGAGUGGUUUUGUUUGUGUGUCAGUAGGGCAGAAAGCCCCGACAUCGAUAACAGUUACUCUCAGAGGAGCUCAGCCCAGUAGAGUGGGAUCGCUCGCCCAAGCCGGUGAUGUGGCGCAGGCUCAAACGAGUGAGCCAAAGGUGUGUCUCAUUUAAUCGUACAUCAGCUUCAUGUGUUUGCACACUGUUACUACAGCUCCUUAUUUGAUUAAUUUAUUGAUUCGUUACUCUGGUCACACAGCCUUAGAAAAUAUAUCUUUUUAGAUAGCUCAUAAAAGUCUAAGGUGCAGUGGCAACCAACAUGCCACGAAAUAUGAAGGAAUAUCAAAACUUAUUUUUUUAUGUGGAUAAAGACUAAAUAAAUACCAAACCUGCGAUGAUUGUUCUCUAAUGAGGUUAAUUUUUGGUUUAGCGAACAUACUUGUCAAGCAUAUAAAUGAAUACAAACAUCCUCAAUGAUGAGGUCUCUUUCUUAGCAGGAACUUUGAUUGUAGAUAUUGUCUAAUGGGGCAUUGUGUAAAAUCUGACUAAAUACAUUAAAUGAUAAUUUGCAAAAUACAGAACCCUGAAUUUCAUUUAAAAAGCCUAAAAACAACUUUUCAAGUGUUUAGACUGAGAAAUUUCCCCUGUCUUUAAAAAAGCAAGUAUAUGCAUACUGAGUUUGACUCCAGCAACAAGUCAAAAAAAAGUCUGAAUAGUGAAAGUGAAAGAAACUUUUUUCAUUGCUAAAAGAAAACAUUUUAUCAAAACACUUCCUUUUUAUAAGGCUGACUGACAACAAGUUAUCAAAUAAAUAGGUUUUGGAGCACAGGCACAAUUCUGUAAUAAACCCCGCUGAGAAACACUGCCAACACCCAUAGCCUGUAAACACAUUUCAAUGCUGCGUCUUCAUGUGCGAGUUUGAAUUCAACCAUGCAAAGAGGCAACUGUAUGAAUAGCCAGAUUAAGAAACUGGGUCCAAACUCAUUUAAAAUGGACCGAGGCUGGGCAGCUAAGUGUGCUGUGGAGUCUGAUAAGUCUGAAUUCAUAAUUAUGUUUGGUUAUUAUGGAUAGUGUGUCCUUAAGGUAAAGGAGCAGAGUGUAAAAGCACCUGUGAUGGUAGAGCAGGUAUGGGUAACAUACGUCUGUAAAGGCCCUAUUAGUGCUCAACAACAUUAUAUACAGAUUUUGGAGCAACACACGUCGUAAAGUAGUGAAUACACUCUUGUAAGGAGGUCUUGCUACCUCAGAUAGACAAAGCCAAACCAUUUUCUGUAGGUGUUGUGACAGCAUGGCUUUGUUGUAGAUCCAUGUGCCAAACUGGCCUGCUUGCUGCACAAACUCAUCAACAAUAAAACAGUUUGGUUGGUUACAUAACAAAAAUACGCCCAAGGAUACCCUGAAGCAUUAAAAUCAAACAUCAUACAACUUUUUAAAUGGCAGUAAUUGGUCUCCUCAGUUUUUAAACACUGACUGAGUGUUAUCAAAAGAACAGGCGGUGUAACAGUUGAUCCAGUUUUUCUGAACAUGUUGCUGGUAUCAAAUUCAAAGACGCCAUAUUAUUUUUUAAGUAACCAAAUUUUUGUGUUUUAUGUAUUUUUUUUUUUGUUCUUUUUUGGUUUGAUAAGGAUUUCCAGUGCUUUGAAAACCAACUGAUUCAUUUCCAUUAACAAUUUGGAAUGAAUUUUGCACCAUUUUCAUAAAAAUGGACAAAUGUUAAGAACUAGUUAUUUACAUUUUAUGCACAAUCUUGUUACAUAUUUGGCUAAGACCUGCUGGGACUGUAAAGUUCAAGUAUCUUUCUCAGCCAAGUAUUAAUUUUGCAAUCUGAAUAGAAGACUGUGUGAAAAAAAGAGCUGCACGUAAGCUGUGUUGUACAUGUGCUACAGCUGAAAAUAUCCUCAUUAUUUCUGGAGAUGCUGUGUGCACUUCAAGUCAUUCUUGUGUAUAAAGAGUAAAUGUCACUCCUUCUUAAGACUGUGGAUUCAUCGCUUUCUGUGUGCCCUUUUGCAGCAGUGAAAAUCUCAUGGAUUUUCAAUGUGGUGGAACAUCUGAUAUUAAGUGGUGCCAUGCCAGAGGCAUCUGGGAGCUGCAGCCUGCUGAUGAGACUGCUCCCUCCCUACCAUGAUGAACACACCACCCCACAACAUGCAGAACACCUGCCUCCUGCUCUCCAGAGAGGAUUGGAAAAGGCCAGGCGGUCUCCCCGGGCUGUGACUGAGCUGCUGAGAUACUUAACCUCCGUGCGCAAACGAAUGGCGCAGACUCUUAUAAUUCUGCGGUGUUUGUAGUCAUGCUAAAGUCUGCAUUCUUUAUUUACAACUAUAAUUUUUUUGAGAAACAUGUUAUCUUCUGAGGAGAAAUUAUAUUGUGUGAAGAUAAACUACAACCCCAGACUGGGAUGAUUACACUGUACACCCCCCCGAAAGCUUCAACUAACAAGAGGUUUAGCAUCUCAUUAAUCAAAGGUCUACACAAGUGUAAUUAACUGGAAUGUCGGAUUGUUUGUUGAGCAUUUGGAUGUCAUAAAUGGAUAUCUCCAUGUUGUGAGAUGACUUAAUUUGAAUGUUUAUCACUGUAUUAAAUUCACACCAUGAAAGAAUUUCACUGUAAUAAUUACCUUUGGUGAGGCAAUCUUCUUUAACAAGAAAAGAUGACAGAACCAUAUUACAUGUAACGGUAAAAGCUUCAUUUUCAUGCUAAUUAAGUGCCAGCUUUUGUCAUUACCUUUUGAUUUUAGAAGCUGCUGUAUGUUUCAGAGCUAAGCGAGGGUGCACUGCUGGUCCUGAACAGUGAACUCUAUGAACUGAAUAAGCUGCUGAACAUGAAAAGGUCAAGCUUAUCUUUAUUUAUGUUGAACAGUAUUUGACAUCCCAUGAAUUUCACAUCUGCACUUGAUCAUUCCCUCGCUGUCAACAGACUUUUAAUUUGUUAUGGCUACAGAGAAAAAAAUAUUUGUCUCCUGACUCUUAACUGUUUACUAAAGUAAAUAUUUGUUCCUGUUUGUUUAGUAAUUGCUUAAGCAAGCAAUAAAACUCCUCCUAUUCAAAAAAUGAUGAGGAUUCGUACUCUAAUGCAUGCCUCAUUGUUACACUGCUGUGUUUACAGCAGCAGCAGCAUAAAUACAGCCCACUCAUCUCAGCAGACAUCCUGUUUUAAAUUCCACAAAUAGGCAGUGGUCAGAUGAGAUAAAGAGAUGAGUGUGUCUCCUCCUUCUUGUAUAAACCAGGCUUUGUAUGUGAUAGGCAGGGGUGGGAUAACUGAUGCCUGUCAGACAAACAACAGCAGAGCUGCCGACAGAACCUCCAAGCAUCAUCAUCAUCGGCACACCUGAGAACACCUGAGUUCAUACUAUCAAAUCCACCAAAUACAGUGUGAGAGUCUGGCAAUGGUGAAACAAUGAAAAGAAACAGCCUCAUUAAACAUUUGCUGGGUAAUUCUCUCUG